AGCAGCAGGGAGAAAAUGAGAAGGGAUAGGUUGAAUGACAAGUUCAUGGAGUUGGGCUCUAUUCUGGAACCUGGAAAUCCCAAAAUGGAUAAAGCAGCUAUUUUGAGUGAUGCUGUUAGGAUGGUGACCCAGUUGCGUAGUGAAGCGCAAAAGCUGAAAGAUUCUAAUGAGAGUCUCCAGGAGAAGAUCAAAGAUUUGAAGUCUGAGAAGAAUGAACUCCGUGAUGAGAAGCUAAGACUAAAGCAAGAAAAAGAGAAUCUAGAGCAGCAAAUCAAAUUGUUGAACUCUCGCCCAAGCUUCAUGCCUCAGCCUUCUGUAAUACCAACAGCUUUCGCAGCCCAAAGCCAAGGAGGAGGGCACAAGAUGAUGAUGCCUGUCAUUGGCUAUCCUGGAUAUCCAAUGUGGCAGUUCAUGCCACCUGCAGAUGUUGACACCUCGCAGGAUGCCGAGUCAUGCCCUCCUGUUGCUUAAGCCAAAAGAAAUCAAUAGGUGGCUUCUAUGAAUCUAUUACUUGCUUCUUUCUCCCCUCAAAUCAUUUGGCAUUGUUACUGGACUUAGCUUUUAACACUCUGUUUUAUCAUUAAACUUGGCUAGUUUAAUUGUUCUGUAUUAGUAGCUGGUGACUGCCGUUCGUAUUUGAUUGUAAAUUUCAAUAAACAGAUCCAGCUUUUCAUGUAAUUGUUAAUAAGUGAUAAGCAUGGGGAUCUCUUAUCCCCAAUUUAAUAACGUGAUAGCUUUACUGAUUCUUUGUC